GUCGCUCUCUUCCGCCUUGCUGUCCGUGAAACCCGAGCGACUUCCGCUUGCAGUGUCAAAUAUGGCCACGUCCAGACUAGAGACUAAUUUUAUCAGGUUAUUAUCGCGCUGUGAGUCUUUAGCUUCAGAGAGUAGAAAUGAGACAGAAUGGAGACUCGAGAAGUACGUUGGUGCUCUUGAGGAGAUGCUUGUUGCCCUUAAAAAGAGUCCCAGCAAACCAACAGCCGAAAUCCUGACGGACUAUCACCGCAAGGUGGACUUCCUCAAGGGUCUCUUAGAGGCAGACAAACUGCCAUCUCCAGCAGAGAAGUCUUUAGCCAAUCAGUUUCUGGCUCCUGGACGAAUGCCGACGAUGUCCAGCGAGAGAACGCCGGCCAGUAAGACGGUGCACAUUCAGAGCAAAGCGCGAUGUGCCGGAGAAAUGAGGAAGGAGCUGAUGAGCACCGGUUUAUCAUAUUCCGGUUCACUGGAGACAGAUCUCAGACACAGAAAGAGUAUUCCUGUAGAUGAGCAGCAGUCUGCGGCAGAGCUGGACGCUAUUCUGAAGCAUCAUAACAACCUGCAGGAGAAACUGGCCGAUGACAUGCUGAACCUCGCUCGCAACCUCAAGAACAACUCGCUCGCGGCCCAGAACAUCAUCAAGCAGGACAACCAGACUCUCACUCAGUCUGUGCGUCAGGCCGACAUGAACUUCGAGAAGCUGAAGACCGAGUCCGACCGUCUGGAACAACACGCCAAGAAAUCCGUCAACUGGUUCCUGUGGCUGAUGCUCAUCGUGGUCUCCUUCACCUUCAUCAGCAUGAUCCUCUUCAUCAGACUGUUCCCGCGACUCAGAUGAUUCCAAUCAUCAUCAGAUUUAUAUAGAACAACAGGUUUACAAAGACACUAGCAAGUAUUAAUAAAGAUGAUUGACAGGCUCGAUUAUUCAGUCAGUCAAUCCCGCGAACAUUACCCGGAUGCUAUUGUUGAUGUCAUAACGAAUUCGCGUUUUAAACGAAUCCUAUUUUGUUUGAAUGUUCGUACGGUAAGUAGACUUUUGAACCAUAGACUCUUCGUCAAGUCGUUUCAGUACGUAACCAAACGUUCCUAAUACUAAUUUUGAGACUGGCAUUUUUUGUCUUUUUAAAGAUGCGUCCAAGUUGAUAAAAUAUUGCUUGAUAAACUAUAUUUUGACACUAUAUAUGAGCAUUUUGAGAACAGUUUCAUCCAGCUUUAUCUGAGUUUCUGUUAGUGGCUUUCUCACGUACGAUCGCUAUAAAAAUGGACCGAGCUGUUUUAAGAUCCGCUUGACUUGUCCGGACUCGCCUUGGCGAUCAGGAAAUGUUCUGGCAAACAGCAGGAAGUAUUUUUGCCCGUCGGAAGCGCAGAUGGAGACUGACUUCACCACCCAGAGAGUAAAUGGUCCAUAUUUAGCUGCUAACGUCUAUUUGUGCUUGCACUUGGACGGAGAAUUAAGUACUGCUCCGAUAUGGCUAACGUGUUUGUUAGAGUGCAGCUCUGUUGAUUUUUUUUUUUUUUUCAUCAGAUGUGUCCGAGAGUUGUCUGUGAGCAAAAUAAAGGAAUAUGCAUUAUUUUAAUAAAAUAAUUUGCAAUCUG